UGACGCUUCUCUUUUCUCUUCCUUGUUGUAGGUGGGAAGUUAACCCUGGAACAUGGCGACAAUGAGAGUGUUGCUGAUGGGGGGGAUUCUGCUCGCCCUUUUUGGGGGUCUGUCUGAUGGGCAGAAGAAGAAGGAGAUGUUGUUGUCAGAGAAGGUUGGACAGCUCAUGGAUUGGGCCAGUAAGCGACCUGUAAUACGCAUGAAUGGUGAUAAAUUCCGACGUCUUAUCAAAGCUCCCCCAAGAAAUUACUCUGUUGUAGUAAUGUUCACAGCUCUCCAAUCGCAACGCCAGUGUGUGGUGUGCAAACAGGCAGACGAAGAAUACCAGAUACUUGCAAACUCCUGGCGUUACUCAAAUGCCUUUACCAACAAGAUCUUUUUUGCUAUGGUGGAUUUUGACGAAGGGUCUGAUGUCUUCCAAAUGCUAAAUAUGAAUUCUGCUCCAACCUUCAUUCAUUUCCCUCCCAAAGGGAAACCCAAAAGAGGUGAUACAUAUGAACUACAGGUUCGAGGUUUUGCGGCAGAACAGCUAGCCCGAUGGAUUGCCGACAGGACAGAUGUCAAUAUACGUGUCAUCAGGCCUCCAAAUUAUGCAGGUCCAUUAAUGCUGGGGCUGCUGUUGACUGUGAUUGGGGGACUUGUCUAUUUAAGGAGAAGCAACCUUGAUUUUCUGUGUAAUAAAACUGGUUGGGCCUUAGCUGCUCUGUGCUUUGUUUUGGCAAUGACCUCUGGACAGAUGUGGAAUCAUAUUAGAGGGCCGCCCUAUGCUCAUAAGAAUCCACACACAGGCCAAGUGAACUAUAUCCACGGUAGUAGUCAAGCACAGUUUGUUGCAGAAACGCACAUUGUUCUUUUGUUUAAUGGUGGUGUGACCUUAGGAAUGGUUCUUCUUCAUGAAGCUGCUACCUCUGAAAUGGAAGUUGGAAAAAGAAAAAUAAUGUGUAUUGCCGGUAUUGGGCUGGUCGUAUUGUUCUUCAGCUGGCUCUUGUCUGUCUUCAGAUCCAAAUAUCAUGGUUACCCAUACAGUUUCCUCAUGACCUAAAGAAACUAAAACACUGAUCUGAAGAAUUUGCCAGGCUACAUAUGAAUGGUUCAUGCUUCUUCUAUUACUUGCGUUACUGACAGAGGACAGACAUCAACAGUGGGCUGUGUACUUCAUGUUCUGCAGUAUAGCGUGUUUAAGGGGCAUUGUAAUUAAAUGAAGUUAGUGCUGCAAUUUGCGCAGAGACUGUAAGCCAUGUAUUUUGCACAUCCUUGUUUUUGGUCUGCUUGCAUUGUAUCCCUUAUUAUAUGUACUGUCCAAUGUCCUAUCUAAUAGAGCUCAACAUUUAUUUUAGAUUUUUAACAAAGAUCAUUACCAUUGCAAACCUCAAAAGCUCACAAAUUGCUAAACAAUUUAUUAGCAGACACCAAUUUGGAAACCAUGUGCCAGGAACUAAAAUAUCACAUCUCCUUGCUGCAUUAAUACGUUGCCUCCUUAGUCUGAAUGAGAUUAUUAUUUUUUGUACAAAAGUGAACCAAAGACGUAAUGCAGUGCCUUAAAUAAAUGCAGUAACAUUUUCCAAUAUAGAUCUGUAACACUUUUCAAACAGUUAAAGAUUACCGGCAACAUUAACUCAUUGUAGGGUAAUAAACUCUAACCACUGUCAAAGCAACAUGGAUUCAUAAAAGUUGUUUUAUCUACUUGCACAUAGUAUUUUUACAGAUAGUGGAACAUUUAAUACUUUUGUAGAUUGCUUAAAAUUGCCAUUCAUUUCAGAAGGAUCUGUCAGUAGAGCGGUGAUUAUUGUGUAUUCGGAUUAUACUUUACAUUUUAGACAUGAUUCCUUACAGAUCAUGAAAACAACUGUGACUUGGCUAGCUAUGAAUACAUUAGAAACCCAAACCUGUGCAUGGGCUUGAAAUUCUGCUGCCUUACACAGAUUAAGCACAAGACUUUAAAAUUCCUUCAGAUAGCAGCAAUUUGUAUGUAUUUUAUGUGAUUAAAGCGUUAACUAUAAUUGUGGUGAAGCGCGAACCUGUUUGAGAAAUUUAGAUUUUUUUGUACUAAAUCCCCACUGUUUGAUAACAGGAGAUUUAUGUAUGACCUCAAUGCGAUAUAUUGUAGGUCUAUUUUGGAUUUAAACAGAUUUGAAGUUGUUUCAUGCUCCUGCAGAUAAUCUAAAUAUGGAUGUCAGAAAGCACCUGUAUGCAUUUUACUAUUAACUACUGUUCUUCUGUUUUGUUCUAUGCAGUACAAGGAAAGCAUUACGCUUUCCUUAAAGAAAGUAAAACUGUAUCUAAAAUAUAUUUUUGACUUUUCACAUAAAAAUACUGUGCCUGAACUAGAUUAUUUAAGUUAAAUACAAAUGAUUAGUAAUAGAUAUCAAUGCUAUUGGUUAUGUAAGUUUAGGUAACAUCCAAAGUGCCUGAAAUUAAGUUAUGGCUUAAAGGGUUGGCUCAAAAUAAUGAUUUCUUAAUAUAUGCCUUAUUGGUUGGUUUAUGAUACCUCAACAAUUUUCAAUAAAACAUUUUACAGUUGG